AUGAAGUAAGAUUCUAUUUAAUUGAAUCAUGGGUAAUUAUUCAUUUAAUAGAUCUUUUAGAAUGAAAGCUGAAAUAGUUGAGAUAAAAUAUGAAUUUCUUUUGAAUUAUAAAGUAAAUUAAUUUUCUCCUGAAUAAAGACAACAAUAUUUUGCAUAUAUAAAUUUGUAAUUAAAAUAAUAAUAAACAAUGUCAUCUAUUACUUUGUUGAAUACAGAUUAAUAGUUAAGGAGUGAGGAAGAGAUUGAAAAAAGUGAUAUUAUAAUUGAAGAUGCAGUAAAAAUUCAUUGGAACAUCUGGUGUGGAUCUUGGCAAUUUAUUAAAACAUCAAUUAUAAUCAAAAAUAAUAAAAAUCAAGAGCUGAUUUACAUUAAAGAUCAUAAAACUUUAAGAUAGUAACAGUAAAAGAUGUAUUGAUAGGGAGAAGAUUUUUUAUUUAAGAAAUAAUUUUGAGUUUAUGAAAAAUGUAGAAUAAAUUAAUCAUUUAACUUGGAUAGGGUUAUUUUCAAAUUUAAACCAAAAAAUUGGAAUAUGGAAUGCUUAUUGGAAACUUUAAAAAAUAAUUAUAGGAGGGUAUUACGAUUAAUGUAGUAAAAAAUAAGGAAAGUGGGUAGAAAUUUUUGAAAAUUAUUGCGAGUAAUUUUUUAUUUAAAUAAUCAGUUUUGCAAAAGUUACUUAUAAAGGCUAAUAUAAGAAUGGAUUAAAAUGUAAUAUAUGGGAAACAUUAUAUUAGAAUAAAAUUAUGUAAUAUCAGUUUAAUGAAGUGGUUUAGGAAUAUAUGGUAAAUAAAGUUAAAAAAAUGGUUUAUGGAUAGAUUUGCAUGAUAAUUUUUAUGAGUAUCUAGAAAUAACAUAUAUAGUGAAUGUUAAGUUACCUUUUAAGGAAAUUAUAAAAAUGGAAUUAAAUAAGGAUCAUGGUUAACAAAACAUAAGGAAUACUAUGAAUAAGAAUCUCAUAAGAUGUAUAUUUGUUUUUAAUAUUAGAGGAGGUGGAUUAUAUAAUGAAGAAGGGAUGAAAAUUGGAAUUU